UCUGCAUGCUUCCCUCGGAGGGGGCGUGGUCUGUAUGCUUCCCCCGGAGGAGGCAGGGUUUCUAUGUUCUCCAGGAGCGCUGUGAAUCAGUCAGGCACCGGACGGCCGGUGUCGGUGGCCCGACUCCUCGGGUAGGCGCUAUGCCGAUGGUCUCCGCUCUGCUCCUGGCCUUGCUGCUGCUGGUUGUGUGCGCCGUGCUCCUAGCAAGAUGGCUGCUCUAUCGCCUGGCCACAGGUUGGUGUCAGAGAAAACUUGGGGCUGAGUUAAGAAUCGGUAGCCUGGGGUUCUUGGGGUUCCAGAACAUCAGUUUGAAGUUUGGAAAGCAACAGCAACAAAUCUUGGAAAUUGAUAGUAUCUGGGUGUCUAGCAAACUACUGAAUCAUGAGUUACAUCACUACAUUGCUCUGUGUUUCGGAGAGGUGCGUGUUCGAACAGACCUUCAAGGAUUAUCGCUGCCUCGCCAGAGAACCCCCAGCACUUCGUCAGAGGCUGCCCCCGGUGGAAGUGGGGAAGGAACAGCAAUUAGCCCAUCUGUGUUAAAAGUCUUAUCACAAUUGCUGUCUAUACAUCUGGACACUGUGAAUAUUAUGGUUCUCAAUGUGGCCGAGUCUGAAUCUUUGUGGCAUGUCACAUUUACGAAGAUAAAUGUAAUACUGGACAGCGAUGGGAAAAAGAUGGAUUACACACUGAGCCUUAACCAACUAACCAGCAAAUUACUAAAGAGCAGUAAGCAGGAUGAAGCCUGUCUUGCAGAGCUGUCCCUGGCUCUAUCUCUGGAGUGCAGCAUCAGGGAAAAGCGCUUGCGUUCAGCCAGUGUAAGGGUGCGCAGCCUACAUGCUGAGGUGCAUGAAAGUCUCUUCAACAGUGACUUGCUGCAGAGGAAGCUGGUUUCAGCAGUGCAGAGCAACACUGAAGACAGCAGUAACAAUGAGGAACAAGCAAACACAGGAGAUGCUGCACCUCCCAAGUGGUUGCAGCUAGUGGAGCGGCUUCCUUGUAAGCUGGAUGUGGGGUUUGAGAACAGCACUGUGGUCCUGUCUAUGAACAGCCAACAGAGACACCUAAACUGGACAUUAAAGCUCCUUCAAUAUUGUUAUGUACGUGAGGAGGAUCAGUUGCCCAUGCGCAGGUUCAUUGGCACAUCAGAAUUGGCUCAAAUGACCUCUGAACUAGUAGUGGAAGAUGGUCUGCUGUUGUCUCAGAGCCGACAGAGAAUUGUCUGCUUGAACCACUUCAAAGCCAGUGUACAGGUCACAUCCAUUGAUGUCCAGAGCAAUGUAGCUCUCAAUACUUGCAUCAUCCAUUACCGUCACCAGGAGUUUUCUCAUUGGUUCAGCUUACUGGCACUGAAUAGUCAGUUACACAAGAACGCAAAAGCCUCAACCAAAAAUAAUCGACCUCUUCCUGUGAUAUUAGCACCAAUCGUUUUCAGUUCAAACAUCUCUAACGUCAAUGUGUCUGUCCAGCUUGAGGAAGCCCAGCCAUUUGCUUUGGGAUUUUCAUCUGUGUCAUUGGAGUUCAAGCACCUACGCACACAGAAUCUGCACCAGAGGGCUGUUCUGUCUGUCAGUAAUCUGUGUUGGAGAGUGGGGAAAGACUCUCACAUCCAGCAAGCCCUUCACCCUCCAAAUACUCACGUUUGGGGUGAGGCUUGUGUUCUUGACUCCUUUAGCUUACAGGGCAGCUACAACGAAUCACUAGGUGUAGGCAUCAUGCAGGCAGACACCCUCCUCAUAGACUCCACUGUGCAAGGCCUGCAGAUAGAAUUCUCAGACACGUGUGCAGAAUGUCUCUCACGUGUUCUGAGUCUCAUUCCAGUAGCAUCUAAGUAUCCUGUGUCAACUUCACAAGACCCUCUGUCUCUUACUUCUCCGUGUGGGGAAGCCACCAGCAAGCUGGCUGUUCUCUGGAAGGUGGAUGUGCGUGUUGAAGACGUGAAUUUGUUUACAUUGUCCAACUUAGUGGGUGCCUCUCAGGUGAGAUUAGACCUGCUUACUCUGGUGGGAAGUGCGGAAAGCUGCAGUCUGAGCCUGCAAGGUGUGGCCUUAUCCCUGCUGAAAUCCAUCACUGAGAAGAUGGAACCAUGCUGCAAAUCCCUGGACAUUAGUGAACCACUACUCUAUUUCUCCAUUAUGUCCCUGUCUUUUUGCACUACUACCCAUGAAUUAAAGGUGCAGUGUGGUGAUGAGCUGCUUUUGCACUGGAGUCCCUGGGAUCAUAUGUACUUGUAUCAGCACACUCUGUCUACAUUGCAAUGCAAGGAUCUACUGUUGACAACCUUAGCCAAAGGAACCCAGUCUGUGGAGGCAGCUAGAACUCACUCUGGUGCUUGUUCACCCCCACAAGGUCAAAGUCCAGUCACUGGUAGCCCAGGUGUUUAUCGAAAGGGAAUACAGGUUACUGUAGAUUUGAGCUCUGUGAAACUGAGAGUCACUAUUACUAAGGACAACCAUUUUCUGUUCAUGGCUCGGAACAUCUGGCUCAAUCAGCAUGGAGGCUCUCUUCAGCUGCGCUCCCCUGAGAUUACAGUAAAUGCAGAUGGGCAUAAAAUCUUUCUUUUAAAAGACAUUGAUGCACAAAGAAUAUCUGAACUGGAAGAAAUGUUGCUACAUCGCAGCCAUUUCAACACCCGUCUCACAGAAAGGAACCGAGCCUGGGUUCUGGCUCUUAACAGUGUUUCCAUGGAGUUUCCGCAUCGCUUUGACUUCUCAUGCGUACUUGAUGAGGCCAUAGGGGUUCAAAAAUGGCUUAAAGGACUCCAUCGCUCACCUCGGACUGGGCCGGAACCUCUACCACCCGAUUUGGUGUUCAGAGUCAAACAGUUUUCUUUUGCAUUCUUGGAUGAUGUCUUUGAAGUGAAACUGAGGGACAAUUAUGAGUUGAUGAAGGAUGAGAGUAAAGAGAGUACCAAAAGGUUACGGCUACUCGAUGAGAAAGUGACUGCUCUCAGAAAACAACACGGGGAGCUGCUACCAGCCAGGAAAAUUGAGGAGCUUUAUUCAUCGCUGGAAAAGAAAAAUAUAGAGAUAUACAUCCAGCGGUCCCAUCGCCUUUACGGCAAUACUCCCAUGAGAAAGUCUUUGCUUACCUGGACCAUCUCUGAUCUAGAAAUAGUAGCCUUGGCUGAUGAGUCUCUUCAUGGACCAGACAAGGUGCUGGAGAAUAUGAAAGACAUUGACAGUAUCAGUCCUUUUCCCUCCGAGGGCUUGUCUUUAGUUAUUCAGUGGUGUCGCAUGAUGAAGUGCUCUCUUAAAACAUUUAAUGUAAGAAUUCGGGACUACCCUCGAUAUCUUUUUGAAAUCCGAGAUUGGCAUCUUUCGGGUAGACUGCUUGGGGCUGAACAAAGUGGACAAGCCAGUGCACGGAGAAAACAAGUCGUUAAGUUGGGAGCUCCCUGGGGUGAUUCCGUUGUAGAGAGGAACAUGCCACCCCUCAAAUUCUUCUAUGACUUUCACUCUGACAUACAGCUAUACACGAUUGUGUGGGGACCUUGCUGGGACCCAGCCUGGACCUUGGUGGGCCAGUAUGUCGACCUUCUUUCAAAAACGUCCGUGGAUCCCAGCACUCCAUUACCGUGGUGGGACAAGAGCAGGCUGCUUCUUCAUGGACACUUCAGCAUGGACAUUGAACAGUCUAAUCUUCAUCAACUGGCAACUGAGGACCCGUAUAAUACAACCGAGAAUAUGCACUGGGAGUGGAAUAAACUCAAGUUCGCUUGGAAUCCUGGACAAUUUACCUUCAAAGGGGAUCUGGAUGUCAAUGUACGAACAGCAUCUAAGUAUGAUGACUGCUGUUUCCUUCACUUGCCUGACCUGGUUAUGAUCUUUGACCUGCAGUGGUUAUGCCAUGGGAACCCCCAUGAUCAUCAUAAUGUAGCACUUCGUUCCCCUGACUAUGUCACAGAGCUUUCUUCCAUCCAGCCUCAUGAUUCUUACCGUGCCUUCCGCUCUGCGAACCUCAAUCUUUCCAUUAAGAUGGACCUGUCUCAGUCACAUGCUGAAGUGUGCCAGCCUCGCAUUUUGUUAUACAGCAGCACCUUACGCUGGAUGCAGAAUUUCUGGGCAACGUGGAGCAGUGUGACUCGCCCCAUCUGCCGAGGGAAGCUGUUUAACAAUCUGAAACCGGGAAAGAAGAAGCUUGGACAGCACUACAAGCAACUCUCGUACACUGCAUUGUUUCCACAGCUACAGAUCCACUAUUGGGCCUCCUUUGCCCAGCAGAGAGGAAUUCAAGUAGAGUGUAGUCAAGGUGAAAUCUUCACCCGCGGAGUGCAGAGACUCAUACCACAAGCUGGUACAGUGAUGCGUCGUCUCAUCUCAGAGUGGAGUGUGCCACAAAUGACCAGCAAACUCAACCUUGUCACUGUACAUCUCAUGGCCUCUGCCUGUGAUGAGAAUGCUGAUCACCAGCUUGACAACCUGGUACAGAAAACACAUCUGCUCAGCCUUUCAUCACUGAGCUAUGACAGACAGGAACUGUCUCCCACUGGUGAAGAGAAUGUUAUCUAUACCCACCGGCUCCACCUGGUUGACCUAAGGGCUUCUUGGACAACUCUUAACAGAGACAUAGCAUUUGGUCUUUAUGAUGGCUACAAGAAAGCAGCAGUUCUGAAGCGCAAUCUCUCCACAGAGGCCUUGAAAGGACUCAAAAUUGACGCCCAGUUGCAGGCUAAGAAACUGAAACGCAGCUCCUCUAGCAAAUUUCCUUCUUCUAGGCAAUCAGCACCACCUGUUGUUACAGGAAGGAGCGAGAGAUCUCCAUCCGGAGGAGCAGACAUGUUGCAAAAGUUGAUUGAGGAAACUGAUAAAUUUGUCGUUUUUACUGAAGAGGAGUCUGGCGUGAGUGAGCAGUUGUGUGGAAAAGCUGCUUGUCAGGACACCGACAUCUAUAAUCACAACUGGCUUAUUGAACUGGUAAACUGUCAGAUGGUACUUCGAGGAGCUGAGACAGAAGGUUGUGUUAUUGUGUCUGCAGCAAAAGCCCAACUCUUCCAGUGCCAGCACCACCCAUCCUGGUAUGGAGACACCUUGAAGCAAAAAACAUCUUGGACCUGCCAGCUUGACAGCAUGCAGUACUUUGCUACUACUGAGAGCAGCCCAAGUGAGGGUGAAGAUAGCCAGCGCUGGCUGGAGGUGAAAAACAUUGAGGAACACCGUCACAGGAACCUGGACACUGUGCAGGAGCUGAUGGAGAGUGGUCAGGCUGUUGGAGGCAUGGUCAACACAACUACAGACUGCAGUCAUUCGGUAGAGGCCCAGCAAAACCAGCAAGUCCAGAGAAUAAUAUCCCGUUGUAAUUGCCAUAUGUAUUACAUCAGUUACAGUCAUGAUAUUGACCCAGAGCUGGCUUUGCAGAUCAAACCACCUUCGACACCUUUACACCCAGAGAAGGAAGACUUGCUUAAAGGACAAGAAGCUGCUGCAGAUACAUUUACCCUCAAACACCAACACCUGGAGAUUUCCACAAAUCCAGCACAGUAUGCCAUGAUCCUGGACAUAGUCAACAACUUGCUUCUACAUGUGGAGCCAAAGCGCAAGGAGCACAGCGAGAAAAAGCAGAGAGUGCGUUUCCAAUUGGAGAUCUCCAGUAACCCCGAGGAGCAGCGCAGCAGUAUCUUGCACCUCCAGGAAGCUGUCCGACAACAUGUGCUACAAAUCCGCCUGCUGGAGAAGCAGAUUUACUCUAUAAUGAAGCAGCUGCAUGACGAGAGUAAGAAUUAUGUGUUGCAUGAGCAGCACCAGAAACUUCAGGCUCAGCUUAACCAAGAGAAGAUGGACUUGCAGCAGAAGAGUGAGGAGCUGAACAUUCUUAUUAGGUGCUUCAAAGAUUUCCAGCUGCAAAGAGCAAACAAAAUGGAGUUGCGCAAACAGCAAGAAGAUGUAAGCGUGGUCCGUCGCACUGAAUUCUAUUUUGCGCAAGCACGUUGGCGCCUCACUGAACAGGAUGGACAACUAGGCAUUGCAGAGCUGGAGCUGCAGAGGUUCCUGUAUAGUAAGGUAAAUAAGUCUGAUGAUACAGCUGAGCAUCUCUUGGAGCUGGGUUGGUUCACCAUGAACAAUCUGCUGCCUAAUGCAAUGUACAAGGUGGCACUGCGACCCCAGAGCCCUGCUCAGUCUGGCAGGCAACUUGCACUAAGGCUGUACAGCAAGGUUCGACCACCUGUUGGUGGCAUCUCAGUCAAAGAGCACUUUGAGGUGAAUGUGGUGCCUCUCACCAUCCAGCUGACACAUCAGUUCUUCCACAGAAUGAUGGGAUUUUUCUUCCCAGGCCGCAAUGUAGAGGAGGAAGAGGUCGGAGAUGAAGAAGACAAAUCAAAACUUGUUACGACAGGGAUGCCAGUAGUGAAGCCAAGGCAACUUAUGGUAGCAGAAGACACAGUGUCCCUUGGUCCAGGGAAAGGCGUUGGACAGGGUUUAAAUCGAACAACAGGAGUCAGGCGAUCAUUUAGAAAAGCGCCAGAGCAUCCCGUGGAUGAUCUGGACAAAAUGAAAGAGCGAGCUGCCAUGAACAAUUCAUUUAUCUACAUAAAAAUCCCACAGGUGCCUCUCUGUGUCAGCUAUAAGGGUGAGAAAAACAGUGUGGACUGGGGAGACCUGACUCUGGUGUUGCCUUGUCUGGAGUAUCACAACAACACUUGGACAUGGCUAGAUUUUGCCAUGGCGGUGAAGAGGGACAGUCGUAAGGCUCUGGUUGCACAGGUCAUUAAAGAGAAGCUGCGGCUGAAACCUGCUGCAGGCGCAGAGACAAAAGGCAAGGCUGAAACAAAGACUGAUAUGAAUCAACAGGAGGAGGACGACAAGGCAAGACUUCUCAUUGGACUCAGCAUGGCUGAUAAAAAUACUGGAAAGAAAUCCAUAUUUGGCAGGAGGAAAUAAACUGUGGACAUGUAUUAGAUGGCCUUUUUGGCUGUAGAGCUCAGAGAAUUACUUACUGGAUGUCAUACCCUAAGCAUUCUGUCUAAGACAGAGUUUUGGAUGACGUACCUGUGAGAAGAUCAGCACAGUCUUGCCGAUGUUAAGACUACCGGUGUUGCUAUCUGGAAUAGCUUGUAAAAUCAUUGUGGGGGAAUAUUUCUCUUUCAUAUAGAAAUGCAGUAUUCCAGAAGAUCGCGCUAAGGUUAUGAGCCCUACACAUCACCAAA